AUGGAUACCAAUACAGAUAUUAGCCGCGCCAAUGACCUGAACAUCACCAUCAGCGUCAUGACUGUCGCAAUAGUGGUCACCACGAGUAUCCGAAUUGUUGGCAAACUUAUUUGUCGUCGGGCGUUAGGGCCUGAAGACUACCUCAUCCUUCUCGGGACAGCCCUUGAUCUUGUUGCCAAUGCUUUUGACUAUAAAGCUACGGCUAGCGGGUUUGGCCGACACACCCGCUUCCUCUCACCCCCUUCCCGCAUCCAGGCCGUUAAAUACGCGCAGCUCGCCGUCGGCGUCGCAGCCUGGGCAAUCUGGAGCAUCAAGUUGUCUGUCUGCUUCUUUCUGCUUACGCUUAUCCGGGGUACAAAGCACCGCUACUUCCGCUGGGCAACGUACGCGCUCAUGGUUCUAACAACGAUAUCAAUGCUCGUGGGUGUUGCAUUGUGGGCGACGCAGGCGAGGCCACUGGCUAAGCUGUGGGAUCCCAGGAUUGAGGGAACGACGCUGAGGCUCGGUUGCUUCACGAAUAUCUUCUAUGCUCUUUCCCCAGCAUACUUUCUGUGGAAUGUGCAGCUGGAAUGGCGCAAGAAGGCGCCUGUGCUAGCUAUUAUGGGUUGUGGAGCCAUCGUAACAAUAGUUGGUUUCCUCAACAUCGCAUUCGCGCGCGACUUCCUAGACCGCGCAGAUAGCACUUGGGCGCUGACGAAUGAGUUUAUCUGCGAUAUUAUCGAACGGAACAUCUCUGCCUUUGUUGCGAAUCUCCCUGCUCUGUGGCAGUUAGGGAGAAGAUUCAGGGAGUGGUCAUCCAGAACGAAGACUGGAGAGCACCCUACUGGUAGUGACAGCAGUCGUUCUGGUCGGUUCGAGUUCGGUCGCAAUGGGUAUAAUAGUAGGCUGGAUUCUGAAGAUAGGAAUACCCACCCUUUGCGAGAGAGGUCCCGAGGAGGCGCGGGUGGAGACCGUUGGUAA